AUGGAGAACAGCUCACUUCUAACCUCUGAGCACAAUGACAGCAGAACCAUUUGGAUACCUCUGCCCUCAUAUCCCAGCAGGCAGCUGGGCACUCUCCCAAACCCGCAGACACGCUUCAAGGACCUGACAGGGAUAUUUUUCAUGGUGACCCUCAACGCUCUGGCGCUUGUGGCCAACACUGCUGUCCUGGUCGUUGUCAUUAAAGCUCCACACCUCAGGAAGUUUGCCUUUGUGUGCCACCUGUGUGCUGUGGACCUGCUGUGUGCCAUCCUGCUCAUGCCUCUUGGGAUAGUCUCCAGCUCUUCUUACUUCGCCGGUGUUACAUUCACGGUCCUGGAGUGCCAGAUCUAUGUAUUUCUCAAUGUGGUCCUCAUCGCUGCCUCCAUCUUCACCAUCACAGCCAUCAGCGUGGAGCGGUACUAUUAUAUAGUCCAUCCUAUGCGCUAUGAGGUCAAGAUGACGCUGAAGUUGACUGCAGCUGUGAUAGUGAUGGUGUGGGUGGCCUCUGUGGUGCUGGGGCUGUCCACAGUGUUUGGCUGGCCUUCACACAGAAGUCUGAGCUCUAUCAGUGCUGCACACUGCUAUCUACACUGGAGCCACAGUGACCACAGACGAGUCUUCUCCUUGCUCUUUAGUGUCACCUGUUUCCUCUUACCUGCUGUGGUGAUUUUUGCUGUUUACUGUAACGUUUACAAGGUGGCCCGUGUGGCUGCCCGCCAGCAUGGACCUCUACCAUUGUGGACAAAUAAUCAACUAAAGCAUCGCUCUGACUCUAUAAACAGCCAGACUACUAUCAUCACAACCCGCAAUGCACCCCGUAGGGUCAUCCGUGAUCGACCUUUUGGAGGAGGCAAAGCCGCCCUAACUCUAGUGGUCAUUGUCGGCCAGUUUCUGAUCUGCUGGUUGCCUUACUUUGCCUUUCACUUUCACCUGACACUUGAUGCAAAACCCAAGAUUCCAGACGACUUGGAGGAGGCAGUCACCUGGCUGGCGUAUUCCUCCUUUGCUAUCAACCCAUUUUUUUAUGGGCUUCUGAACAGGCAGAUCAGAGAGGAGCUGAGCAAGCUCAGGCGAUGCUACUCGGCUCGUCCCGUGGAGCUGGCGGUCUCAAGCCACGACGGCUCAGGUCACGAGAACUUCCUGCAGUUCCUCCACAGGACGAGCUGCAGCAUAGAGACACGGGCAAGCUUUGCAGCAUCCAGUCCCAGGAGUACUCUGGAUCAGAGCGGACAGACUGGUUUCAGGAUACCAGGACAGAUCCCAGAGGAGUUCAGUUAG